UGGAAGAGCUCGUGGCUGAUGUGAGCUUUGUCGACGUGCUCGAGAUGUAGUUCGACUUCGUUGGACUGAUCCGAUUUCUGAGCCAUUGGCACGUGGUCAGUACGGUAUGUUUGAGUGUGGAUCGUGACAACAGUCCGUUAAAUGGACUUCUCGGAUGACUUCUUUGAGUCACGUGAUGACGUGAGAAAGAUACCAGAAGAAGUUCAGAAUUCUUUCUAUACACCUAAGAACGUUGAACCGCAAUGGUUCUGCUCCUCUUCUGUUAUUGACACAGUUGACACAGUGAAACGACGUGCUGAUUUCUUCUAUUACAAGAAGGACUUUGUCCAAGCACAACACAUCUAUCAAUAUUGUCUUAGCCUUAUGACAUUAGAUACACCGUCCAUCGUCAGAAAGGAAGUCGACGAAUCAAUCGCAUUGUGUUGCAUGCAUAGUGGUAACAAUGAUGAGGCUCAGAAACGGCUACAAAAUUUGAUAAGCGACUCACCAGACAAUCAAUCACUGCACUAUCACAUACAACGAAUGACCGACAAAGACAAAUCCGACUGUCUACCCAACACACACAGAUCAACACUUCGAGAUUCCCCACAACCUCAACAAGAUGAUGAAACACAAACACAUUACACCAACACCUAACCAACUACACACACACACACACACACACACACACACACACACACACACACACACACACACACACACACACACACACACACACAUGCAAUCGCCAGCCUUCAAACAAGCCAGUGAGAAUGGAACAAGUUGGCUCACCGAAUGGGAAAUCCAGCAAAACCCAGCUAAUUUAAUGCCAUAAAUUUGCUGCCUUUCUAUUUUAUUCAAUGAUUAUGAUUAAGUAUGUUGCAUGAGCAGUCUGCUAGUAGUAGUAGUUGAGGUAGUCUUAGCGUUUUCCCUCUGUAAUAUAUGUAGAGCACUCUGGACUAA